GGCUGCCCAGCUUGGGAUCUUUGAUUUUGAUUUUCUCUGCCUUAGGAUUUUCUCUGACUAGAUCCACGUCCCUUCCAGAAAUGUGGAGGCGGAUGAGCCGGGCAGGCACGUUGCGCUGUAUGUACAGGAUGGCCUGGAGAUGUUGGAUGUUGAAAGCAAAGGCCUAGGAGGAGGGAUGACUGGAAGUUCCAGACCUUGGAGCUGAUGAGAGACCUCUGUUACAGCCCUUUCACAGGAUCUGUAAAAUCUGGAACCAUGAAGGAAGUGGUUAAACACUCAGGGUCAGAGCUGCUGUUUAUUGAGUAGAUACUUUGGGCUAAGGCCAGAACUUGGAAUUUUACCCACGUUAGUCACGUCACCAGCACAACUCCCUGGAGAACGGUAAUCCUCAUGUGAGAGAUGAAAAAAACAGAAGGUCUGCAGGGUUAAAUUUCCUGCUGAGUCAGUGAGUUAGGCUUCAAAUCCAUGGCUUCUGGGCUCCCAAGCUCCUGUUCUUUUCAGCUCUAUCCCUGCCAGGUAUCCCCACCCCUCCCUGUAACAAAUAUUUUGAGAAAUGCAGGUUUGGGCAAGAGCAGGCUUGUUUCGGAAAGAUUCACAGAAUGCACCCAGAGACACCAGGAUGCCUUUCAUCUGGAUGUAAAUCUCCCUCCACCCCCUCACCUGAAGAGCAGGUAAAGAAAGGUGGACCAGUGCUUCAGGGGCUUCCUUGACAACAUGACCUAUAAGUAUCUCUUAGGCUUAGACUGGAAGAAGCAAACCCCAUAUUUAGUUUUUCAAAUGCGAGUUGGGAAGAAUGUGCAGAGGUGAAAACCAGGAGGAAACGCUUGGUCUGAAUUCGAGAUGAACCGAAUAGAUGCUUUUGCCAAAUAGGGUGAAAAAUUUGGACCGUUUGCUGGAGAGAAGAGAAUGCCAGAAGACUUGGAUGAAAAUAUGGAUUACAGGUUGAUGUGGGAGGUUCGUGGGAGUAAGGGAGAAGUUCUAUACGUUUUGGAUGCUACCAACCCACGACACUCCAACUGGCUUCGCUUUGUUCAUGAGGCACCAUCUCAGGAGCAGAAGAAUUUGGCUGCCAUCCAAGAAGGAGAAAACAUUUUCUAUUUGGCAAUUGAAGAUAUAGAAACAGACACAGAGCUUCUGAUUGGCUACCUGGACAGUGACAUGGAGGCCGAUGAGGAAGAACAGCAAAUUAUGACAAUGAUCAAAGAAGGGGAAGUUAAAAAUUCUAAAGGACAAUCAACAGCUGGCAGAAAAGAUUGCCUUGGCUGUAAAGAGGACUAUGCUUGUCCCCAGUGUGACUCGAGUUUUACCAGUGAGGAAAUUCUUGCUGAGCAUCUUCAGACAUUACACCAGAAACCUACCGAAGAGAAAGAAUUUAAGUGCAAGAACUGUGGGAAGAAAUUCCCAGUUAAGCAGGCUUUGCAAAGACAUGUUCUUCAGUGCACAGUGAAAAGCAGUUUGAAGGAUUCUUCACGAAGUUUUCAGUGCUCUGUUUGCAAUUCUUCCUUCAGUUCAGCAUCGAGUUUUGAGCAGCACCAGGAGACCUGCCGGGGGGAUGCCAGGUUUGUGUGCAAGGCGGACAGCUGUGGGAAGAGGCUGAAGAGCAAGGAUGCCCUCAGAAGACACCAGGAAAACGUCCAUGCGGGAGAUCCUAAGAAAAAGCUCAUAUGUUCAGUGUGCAAUAAAAAGUGUUCUUCACCAUCAAGCCUACAAGAACAUAGAAAGAUUCAUGAGAUAUUUGAUUGUCAGGAAUGUAUGAAGAAAUUUAUUUCAGCUAAUCAGCUAAAACGUCAUAUGAUCACUCACUCAGAAAAACGACCCUAUAAUUGUGAGAUUUGUAAUAAAUCUUUCAAGAGGCUCGAUCAAGUGGGCGCCCAUAAAGUGAUACACAGUGAAGAUAAGCCUUACAAAUGCAAGCUUUGUGGAAAGGGAUUUGCCCACAGGAAUGUUUACAAGAAUCACAAGAAGACCCAUUCUGAAGAGAGACCAUUCCAAUGUGAGGAAUGUAAAGCUUUGUUCCGAACCCCAUUUUCUUUGCAGAGACACCUGCUCAUACAUAACAGUGAGAGGACUUUCAAGUGCCAUCACUGUGAUGCUACCUUUAAAAGAAAAGAUACCUUAAAUGUUCAUGUCCAGGUGGUCCAUGAAAGACACAAGAAAUACAGAUGUGAGCUGUGUAAUAAGGCAUUUGUUACACCUUCAGUGCUUAGAAGUCAUAAGAAAAUUCACCUAUCCUUGUGUGGUUGCUUUAUGCUGACAUUAGAGACACAUACAGGAGAAAAGGAGAAAAUCUGCCCUUACUGUGGCCAGAAAUUUGCCAGCAGUGGUACACUGAGAGUUCAUAUCCGUAGCCACACAGGUGAGCGUCCCUAUCAAUGCCCUUACUGUGAAAAAGGAUUCAGUAAAAAUGAUGGACUGAAGAUGCAUAUUCGUACUCACACCAGGGAGAAGCCAUACAAGUGCUCCGAGUGCAGCAAAGCCUUCAGCCAGAAGCGAGGCCUGGAUGAGCACAAGAGGACGCAUACCGGAGAAAAACCUUUUCAGUGUGAUGUGUGUGACUUGGCUUUUAGCCUAAAGAAAAUGUUGAUCCGACACAAGAUGACUCACAAUCCCAAUCGUCCACUGGCAGAAUGCCAGUUUUGCCAUAAGAAGUUUACAAGGAAUGACUACCUCAAAGUGCACAUGGACAAUAUCCACGGUGAAGCUGACAGCUAAUGGUAGCUGUAAAGGAAUUAAACCAUUUAGAAGGGCUCCUAAUAUGAAACCCAGAUUUCUCUCACCUGAUUAGCAUAGCAGAAGUAUCUAAAAGUAAUUCACUGGUCUCAUAGUUCUUAUUUGCCUACCUUUAGAGUUUGUAGAUGCUUAUGCAAAAAAAAAAAAUUAAAAAAAAAGAAGAAGAAAGAAGGAAGGAAAAUAAGUCCUACUUUACCAAAAAAAUGGUACAAAUGGAAAAAAAAAUUCAUAGCCUUGCAAAAUAUUACUUGUGCUCUGUUUUAUAAAAUAGAAAAAAGAGUCAUGGCUUUCCUUCUUGGCCACCUCUCUGUAAUGAAGUUUAUUAAUAAGCUCUUUAUUAGGCCUUUUUACUUUUUUGUCAUCUUUGUGUGUGUGUGUAUGUGUGUGUGCAUGCAUGCACAUGCUGGUCAUUACAACUGGCUAUUACUGAUUUAGCCAGAAAGAAAUUAAUAUACCAAAAUAUGUCAUUGCAGAUGAGGUAAGGUCAAGAGUUUUUAAAAUAUUAAGCAUGAUAACACAAUAAAACUUGCUAUUUUAUGAAACAGACCAAAAGUUAAUCUUAUUUAUAGCUCCCCACAACAGUUCAGUUUAAAAUAAAGAUGUGUUUAAGAACUGAAGCAUCUAUUGAAUUGUUGCUCAUUUUAGACAAUUCUUAAGAAACAUUAUUUCCUCUCAUCAUUCAGAUGCAGACAUUCAUGGCCUGCAAUACUUUCACAAGAUCUAUACAAGACCAUACACUUAAAUAUAUAUCAAACUGAUCAUAAUGAGUUUUUACUAGUUAUCUUUAGGAAUUAACAAUAUACAAAUAUAUGUAACUAAAAAUUAAAACAAAAUUGGUUCUCAAUAUGUGUUGAUUGACAGAGUGUCUGCACAUAGUGGCAUUACAAUACUAAUUAUGAUGAGCCCUUUACCUUCUCAUUCCAUAAAAGUGCACAGGACAUGUUGAUGCAGAUAUAAUAGAGUCCUCAGAGCAUUAACAUUCUGUUUUGCAAAAGACAUUUCCCAGAAUCUUGGCAGUAGAUGAUUCUGAAACACUUUUGAAUUACCCUCAAUUGUCCUAUAUAAUUAGGAAUCCAGAAUAAAAAGUACAAAUCUGGCAAUUGUUAUGAUUGAAAUGAUCACUGAUGCUUAAGGGAAAUGGAAGCAAGAAGCUUAAUUUCUUCCUUUAGGUUAUAUUUCAGUAACAUACUUGAUAGCAGCACAUAAUGAGCAACUUGUUUUGGGAGAAGGUAUGAUAAAAUAUAAUAGUGAUGUCAAAAUAGCAUAAAGAAAUCCAAAAACCAGAAGAAAAUCCAACUGAAGUCCAAAUCAUGAAGUUUUCUACUUAGAGGUCAGUCAAAUAAAGGAAGUAUAAUUUAAAGGAAGUUGGUCCUAAUGAUUUAAGUAAGAAGAAAGGUUAUCUGAAGACACAGUUCUUUGAAGUCAGGAAUCUUAUUUUAGAAUUAUAUUUUUGUUCAGUUCCAGUUUUAAAAAGAAACCUAAAGAUUCAAUAUAGAGAUUUAAAUUCUGUAAAAAUACUAAAUUUGAAAUUCAUCAGAGAGAACUUUAAAAAAUAUAAAUCUCAGAUUAUAAUUUAGAAGAUAUCUAAAUAUGGUUGUAUGUAGCAUUUUUGUAUCUGAAAUUAUAGACUAUAUUUUAUAAAAAUAGAUUUUGGUCUUGUUUCUCACUAUGUCGUUUGUUUCAACAGUAUGUUUUUAGAUCGAAAAUGUUUUCGAUUUAACGUGACAGUGUGCAUAAUAUCAUUUGAAUAUAAAAGGACAGCUGUAAAA